UUCAUUUAGAACACAGGCACAGUUUUUUAAAUAUUUAACAUUUUGUAGUAAAUAGUGAAAAUUUAUUGUUAACAAUUAUGGCAAAUCAACCACUUAACAUUGUCAUUAAGCAGCUGGUUCAAUGCCUGAAGAGAUGCAACGAGCCGGUCUCAGUCGAUGGACUACUCAGGUUCUCCAACAUUACCGUCAAGGAUCCACACGCCUUUAAGAAAAAGCUCCGGGUGCUGUUGGGCAUCGCGGUGCGGCUCGGACUUGUCGAGGAGUACAACAACCACUUCUAUGCAUCGACCCAUGCGGAGGAUAUACUGCCGCAUCUAACCGAGGAUACGGGCAGCGACAUUUCCAUUAUCAGCUCGGAGGAGACGUUCGAAGAGGCGGCUGGCCUGUUGGCCCUGGACAGUGAACUGGGCCUGGAGCCAGAUCCGAGCGAGAGCGAGCAGGACGACGAAGCUGUUAACGAUAAGGAGAAUGCCUGAUGAUCCCACAUUCAAAAUGCUAUUUUAUUAUCAAAUACAAAAUACGAAAAGCACACAUACAAAAACAUAAAAGGGACUCGAUUGCA